AUGCAAGAUCAUCUCCAAUAAUCAAAAACUUUGUUCUUGAUGCAUAAAAUAAAGAGUUACAAGUUAAAACCACAACUCUCUAACAACAUAUUCGAAGAACAUAAUCCUUAUUAUGGUCCAUAAUAUGAUAUUAACAAUAAAAUUAUUGCUCGAAGUGUUGUUGGAAAACCUGAUGUUAUUGAAAAAAUUAAAAAGAAAAUUGAAGAAUCCAAACUAUCCAAUUCUCCAAAAAUGAAGAACUCAGUUAUGUACUAAAAAAUGAAACAAUCCUAUUCGAAUCUCUCCAAUAUGAAGAAAUCACAAUCAUCCAAUAAGAUCCCUCUUUUUCAUGAUCCCAUCCCAUCAAAUAUCCUAUCUCGACAAGUUUCUCAUAAUAAGUCUACAAUGGCCACUUUGGUAAAUCAUAAUGCAAAUGUUAAUGUGGAAUAAUAUUUAUAAGAAACAAAGUACAGAAUACAAAGAAAUGAAAUGGAAGAAUUACAAUUAGAGAAGUAAUUGGAUUUAUUUGAAAGAAAUGCAAAUACGAGACAAUAAAGAGUUAUCACUUCAUUCCAAGAACGAGAAUAAUCUUGGGAAUUAGUCAACAUGACUAUCCAAAGCAAGUGUUAGGCAAGAAGCAGAGACAAACUCACUUUAUUGCAGAAGAGUUCAGCUUAUAGACUAAAAAAGUAACUUCUUAACGAAUUGCCGUCUCCACCAAAAAAUUGGUACCAGCAGUUAAGAGGAUCGAGUUACAUGGUGGAAAAGGAAGAAGAUUAAUCUAACAAUUCAUUGAGAGUGACUUUAAACUCAAAGACUUUAUUGUUGAAGCAAGCAGAUCUUGAGAGCAGUCUGAAGGUGAGGGGAGAGAGCAAAUUGAAAAAGGAAUUCGAGAAACCCAAAUGUUCUUUGAUCACUAUGGUUGGGUAAGAUAAGGUAGAAGAAAGUGAGAUCUUGCCAAAACUAAAAUAUUGA